UAAGUGACGUCAUCGAUCGAGUUUGUUUGAGCAGUAGGCUACAUCUGAUCAACCCAAAGCUGAGGCACAGUUCGCAUCAGCUCGGAUAUUAGAUGGAGUUUUUCAUAGGAAAUCCUUUCUCUACACCUGUAGGUCAACUCGUAGAAAAUGCCACUAGUUCUUCUCUCCCGUCAGAGGACUGGGGCCUUAACAUGGAGAUCUGUGACAUUGUCAAUGAAACGGAUGAUGGAGCUAAGGAUGCCGUCAGAGCAAUAAAAAAGAGGAUUUUAGGAAAUAAAAAUUUUAAAGAGGUUAUGCUAACCUUGAGUGUGUUGGAGGCCUGCGUCAAAAACUGUGGACACAGAUUUCACAUGUACGUGUCCACCCGAGACUUUGUGGAGAAUGUUUUGGUCCAGACGAUCAUGCCUAAAAAUAACCCUCCGGUGAUUCUUCAGGAUAGAGUCUUGAGGAUGAUCCAGGCGUGGUCCGAUGCCUUUCGUAGCUCUACAGAUUUGACGGGCGUAGUGACCGUGUAUGAAAAUCUCAGGAGAAAAGGCGUGCAGUUUCCCAUACCUGAAGCGAAUGGCUAUUCCCCUAUUCACAGUCCUAACAAGACUGCUACAUCCAUGUCUCCAGGAAGCAUGCCUGCAGAGAGAUGUGCUGUUACAGACUUACAGUCCCAAAAUACAGACGCACCGCUUGCAAUGUCACCUGAACAGAUACAAAGGUUGCAGACAGAUCUUGUGGUGGUUCAUAAAAAUCUAUCCACAAUGUCAGACUUGAUGUCAAAAAAGGAGGCUGGAAGGAUUCAGCGAUCUGAUACAGAACAAUUACAGCAGUUGUAUAUGAAGAGUAAGGAAAUGCAGGGCCACAUGGUGGAGCUCAUACCCAGACUCACAGAUGAGAAACUUACAGAGCAAUUACUGACCGCCAACGAUAACAUCAACGCAACUUUUACACAAUAUUACAGAUUUGAAAGACAUCUCCAACAACAGAGCAACACGCAGACGGAAACUCAACACCAACUAAAAGCCCAAGGUGCCGUCGCCCAGUCAACAGUCAGCACGCUGUCCAAUCAGAUGGCAGGAUUGAGCACAAAAACAGAAGACUUCACCCAAAAUAGAAACGGCUCAUUACAAAAAAGCCCACAAAACAUUGUAGCAGUUGAUGGUCUGGCUGCCAACCCCAGAAAGCAAGAGGACACCGGCACGGAUGACAGUCUAGACUCCACCACCUUCAGCAGCUCACCUCAGUUUCAAUGGAUGAUUGCAAAGGGAAUGAUCCCUGUCGAUCAGAAUGACAUCAUGGACGACAUUGAGCAAUGGCUUAACGUGGAUGUUGAUGAUUCAGAUGGAGUCACGAGUGAAGAGUUUGAUAAGUUCUUGGCGCAAAGAGCAAAAGCAGCCGAACGUCUUCCUUCAGUAACGGCGUCAAUCUAUGACCCAGACAUCUCACAACCAUAGAUCUUUUAGAUUUACAUCCCGUGUCCUGCGAUGAAGAAGCCCACAGACAAAAACUUUGUUCCGGGUGGAUUUAAAGAACAUGAACUUAAGCGACACCUGGACCUAUUAACCUGUUAACAAUUUCCUGCAUUGUUGUUUUGCACACACACAAUCACUUUUAUGUUUCCUUUUAGGUUUAAUAGUGUAUAUUUUUUCCUUGUGAAACUUAACUUUGAUUACAGGUAAAGUUACCAUAAUUUGGGUGGAUUGAUUACCAAUUGUUUAACCAUAAACACUGUUGUUUAACGUUGGUUACUGUAGUGGGACAAUGGUAAAUUUGUGGUUAAACCAUCGUUAAUUUUCGUAUGGAUUUAUGUCUUUUGUCAAACCUUCGAGGCAGGUUAUGAUGGCAAGUCUAAUUGUACUGCAAAAUACAAUCGGGUAUUUUAGUACUGCAACAAAUUUGACUUUUCCACCUUAAUACUGUUUUGUUAUAAAAGACACUUUCUGUAAAAUAUUUUGCUUUUAAAAAUAUUUUCUUAAUAUCUCGGAGGAGAAUAAGCUCUACGGUAAAGCCUGAUAAAUGCGCCUUAUUUAAAAUAGGUAAGGUUAAAGCCAAUUAUGGAUGUAUAUGUAUGUAUCUUAUUUGGCUGCUUUAAUUAAGGUGACUUUUACAGUAAGGUAACGGUUAAUUAAAUAUUUUCUUACAAUGACUGUUGUUUACUUCCACUCAACCUGUAGUACUUGAACUGUUAAUAUAUUUUAAAUCCUAAUUAUAUUUAAGUUUUGGGUUAUGUUACAGGAUAUUCAUUAAAAUAAAGUAAUUUGCAAGUG